ACAUCAGUCAGUGAAAAUCAAAAACUGUUACAAGGGGUUUGUUUUCCAGUCAUAAUUUUUUUUGUCCAAACGAGGCCACUGGAUUAAUUUGUGGAAAGCUAUCGCCUUAUCACACCUGAAUCAUGUACUGUACUACCCAUGAAGACGUGUGAAAUGACAAUGGGUGCAUCUGUCUACAUAUAAGCGUUGAACGUGGGUCAAAGACGCUUGGUUGUAUUGCCGGUGUGCGGUGUGAGAUGGUUAUAAACCUCUCACUGCUAGUAAUCACGCUCGGUUCUUUUUUUCUACAGUUGUAUGUUUGAACAACAUUAUACAGUGUGUUGUGGAAUUAUUAACUUUAUCUGUAUGGGUGUCAUCUGGCAUGCUCCGAAGCCAGAGGAGUGAUAAAGUUUAUAUUUGCUGUGAUGAGAUUUGCAGACAAUGUAUAGGAGGAGUUUUCCUGUGAUCUGUACAAAAUUGCGAUGCGUGUUACACGAGCAUCGACGAAAGACAAGACCAUCUGACCGAGCAGAGAAUUUAUUUCAUUACGUUAGGCAAAUUCAUAGUGCCCGUCGACUGCUGGAGAAGGACAACACAUACAAGAGACAGCUGAUAAAAGCCGAAGAUUUCGAAAAUAUCAAGGACAAGAGUAAAGAAACGUAUCUAGAAAUGGUUCAUAUAUAUGAGAAUAGUUCGGUUCAAAGACGUGGACAUGUAGAAUUUAUCUAUUCGGCUAUGAAACACAUGAAGGAGUUUGGCGUGCACAAGGAUUUGGAAGUGUACAAAGCGCUGAUCAAUGUGUUGCCUAAGGGGAAAUUUAUCCCGACAAACAUUUUUCAAGCUGAGUUUAUGCAUUAUCCUAAACAGCAACAAUGUAUUAUAGAUGUGUUAGAGCAAAUGGAAGACAAUGGAGUUAUGCCAGAUGCAGAGUUAGAAACAAUUCUAAUAAAUAUUUUUGGUAGGAGAGGACAUCCAGUACGUAAAUACUGGAGAAUGAUGUACUGGAUGCCAAAAUUUAAAAACUUAUCUCCGUGGCCACUACCAAACCCUGUACCAAAUGAUAAUUUGGAACUUGCCAAAUUAGCUAUGAAAAGAAUAAGCAGUGUCGACUUGCAGUCAAAGGUGGUGGUUUAUCAGACAGCAGAGCUAGCUGACAGUGUAGAUGAUACAUGGGUUGUGAGUGUCCAAAGUCCAGAUCAAAGGAAACUUGUAGACACACACCCUGAAAACAUACCAGUUUAUGUUAAAGGGGCUUACAGAGUGUGGCUACGAGAUGCUGCUGUUAAUUACUUCAUACUCAUGCGAAAACCAGUGCAAAAACCACAAGUUGCAACUGAAGAUCCAGAUGAUGUAAGCAAUCUAAGGGAUCCUGUCAUCGAUAUAUCGGGAGACAGAAUUACUGCUGUUGUGCAAGCACCCAGUGUACACGAACAAGAUGAUGGCACGAUAUUGGCCAUGUGUGCUACUGGUACUUCAAGCAGAGAUUCUCUGCUUUCUUGGAUUAGAUUGCUGGAAGCUGACGGAAAUCCACAGUUAGCCAAGAUACCUGUUGUGUUCACUUUGAAAUCUCCACCAGGAGACAAACUGUUUUUAGAGGAAGGAAUAAUAAGUGAAGAACAAAAAACUAUCCCACCCAGCAAAUGAAGUGCUUCCCAAUUGUACUGUGUGAUUGGUGUCUCAUCUUUUGUCAACUGCAUGGUAAAUAAUGCAGAUUGACAGUUAUCAAAAUAAAAGCUAAAUAAAACUUAGUUUGUGCUCGUGCAGUGCUUAUAAUUUA